UUCCGACGACAAAAUCAAAAUGUAUUCAAGAGAGAAACAAGAAAUUCGGAAAUCCCAUCGCAACACUCCUUCAUUCUCCUCAUCUCUCCUCGACGAAAUCUGCCGCUCCAUCGACGACAAGCCAGAGCCCCAAACGGCGUCGCUUUCUAACGUCGAGAAAUGGAUCGAAAACGACAGAACACUAUUCCGUCGCCGUCGCCGUCCCCGAUGCGACAACUGCCCUAGACCGAUCCGCACCGGCGAUGGGGAAAAGGAUCGCUAUCUCUUCGACGAGUACGAAGAGCAGGAGAGGAACAUAGCAGCAUCCACACACAAUCUGCUCAAAUCCAAAUCCAAAUCCAAAUCCACGGCGAUGAGAAUCUACUCCAAUCUGAAGAAGAUGAAGCAGCCCGUCUCUCCCGGAGCGCGCCUCACCACCUUCCUCACCUCCAUCUUCAAUCGGAACAAGUCCAAACGCGGCGAUCGGAGCCAUCCGGUGAACACGACGAAAUCGCCGAGCAAGUUUACCGCUGGGAUUCAAAUAGUAAAUAAUGACCUUACACGUGCGACCGUCAAUUAUGGGGACGCUUUGCCACGUGCGACCCACCGAAGGCCCCCCUUGCCGCCAAAUGCAUUUCAAAAUACAAACUACACUUUUCAUAAAUCGCGUUACGAGGAGGAGGAGAGUGACGGUGAUGCCAUUAGUGAGUCGAGCUCCGAUUUGUUCGAGCUCGACCACUCGUCUUUGUUUGGAAUUAGGAAUAGGCUUUGUGAAGAGCUACCGGUGUAUGAAACUACUUUUUUCCAUCAAAAUCGCCGAUUAUUUCGAUAAUCCAAAUCGAUUUUAUGUCUUUUUAACCUUAUUUUGUUUGGUUUUUCUUGCGUAGGAUUUAUGUAUAUGAAUGAAUA